AUGACUCUAUGUGAACUAUGUCAAAGUAUCCCUGUAGAAGACCUUCCCGCGUUCCCUAGCUUAGACGACCUUUUCAACACUGGGCGAUAUGUAUUCAUAAGGCUAGGCAAGGACGACGAACGACGGCCACCGGAUACCCUGGGCUUCGCUCACCAUCCGAAUAUAGACAGUCUGAGACGGUCAUCAGCAGGGGGGUGUGAGCUGUGCCAUAUUUUGGAGGUCCAGGUGGAUGAAGCAAUUCUAGAAAUAGAGGUAUAUGAGAAGAAAAAGGGCAUAUCAGUAUCAAGCCGCUUUGGUUUGUGGUUGACCAGGCGCAUGCACGGCGGGGAUGGCUUUGUCGUGCUCACCCCAACUGAUACGACCCGGGGGAGCUACGUCCUGAUGUUAGCUGCGAUGGUCUUUUGUUGUGACGAAGGCGAUCCUCUUGCCAGCGUGUUCCGGGGCCGCCUGCCCAAGGAUACUUUGGAUACCGCAGCUUGUGAUCGUUUCGCCGCGUGGGUCGUUGACUGCAACAACCAACAUAGUUCGUGUGCUGCACCUCUAAGGUCCCUUCCAACUAGGCUCAUAGACGUGGGGUCUGAGGUCUCGGGAAACUUGGUCAAGCUCGUCGAGGUGGGGGAAGAGAGUCACGGAUAUUAUGUGACACUUAGCUACUGUUGGGGUGGGGACAGGGCUUUCGCAACAACACGCUCAAACGUCGAGUCCCAGAAGAAAGGAAUAUGCCUCCAUGACCUCCCACGGACAUAUCAAGAUGCGAUACGAAUGACUCGAGCUCUCCAAGUUCAAUACCUGUGGAUCGACCGCCUCUGCAUUUAUCAAGACGACUCCCAAGACUGGGAGAGAGAAUCUACCAACAUGGGGUCAAUCUACGCGAAUGCCUACCUAUGCAUAUCAGCAACCUCGGCCACGAGCAGCACAGAGGGACUUGUGCCCCUGAGGACGUCCAGGCCCAGCGUACGUCUUCCCCACAUGAACAACAACUGCCGAGGGUACAUAGAUGCCUGCUUACUUCCAAGUCAAUUUGAAUUUUAUAAAAGGGACUUCUUAAACCUUGAUAAUGAGCCCCUCUCUAGAAGGGCAUGGGCUUUUCAGGAACGCCUAUUCUCUCGCCGGAGUUUGCUGUUUGCGAGCGACAAGGUGUAUUUUGUGUGUGAAAGGGGGUUCAUCUCAGAAGAUGGCAUCGAGUUGAUCGACGAACACCGAGACAAUUAUAGGGACAGGCAUCCCUAUAGAUCGAUCACGGACUUGGGUAAAUAUGGUCCGCUAACGCCCGAUACUGCGCGCUUUCUCUGGUACGACCUAGUAAGGCUGUAUAGUCGACGCAGCAUGACAUAUCCUUCUGACAAAUUACCCGCCAUGUCCGGCAUCGCAAAAGAGUACGCCAAGGUUCUCGGCAACGCUUAUGUAGCUGGGCUUUGGCGGGAGUUCUUGGUGGACGAACUAGCCUGGCUUCCUUGGGAACAGUGUACGGCGGCCAGCGAGUACCGCGCGCCAUCCUGGUCAUGGGCGUCUGUUGAUGGCCCUGUCGGUAGGCCUUUUGAUGCAAUCGAGCCUAUAGCGUCAGUACUCGAUGUCAAAAUUGAGGUAAAUGGUGAAAACCCCUAUGGACGAGUAAGAAGCGGUUGGGUCAAAGUUGAGGCGCCUCUUCUUCCUCUCGUCCUAGCGGAUAACAAUUCCGGGAGCUUACAGCUUAAGACAGUACACGGAGCGAACGAAGGUUUUCCAGUGCGGUUUGACACUAUGGGCACCAAGAGCCCUGAUUUGGUCCUGAUGAUUAAGACCAGGAGACUUUUUAGCUUGGUUCUUAACAUCUACGUUAAGAAUUUGGGGGAAUGUCGGUACUUCUCUCUCAUUGUAACCCCUGCAAGUGAUGUCAAUGAGACAUGGAAGAGAAUUGGCGCCUUUUUCGCAAAGGGGUCCCAAAUUGGGCCUCGUGAUACUCUGACGCGGAAGUCGACAAUAACGUUGAUUUGA